UGUCAACAUAACAUAACCACAAAUUUUGUCAUUUAUAAAAAUAAAUAAUUUUAAACCAACUUUCAGUAAAUAAAUGAAUCAAAAUGAGCAAGAUAUUUACACCAACGAACCAAAUACGGUUAACAAAUGUUGCUGUUGUGAGAAUGAAAAAAGCUGGAAAGAGAUUCGAAAUAGCAUGUUAUAGAAAUAAAGUUGUUUCAUGGCGCAAUCAGGUAGAGAAAGAUAUAGAUGAAGUUCUACAAAUUCACUCUGUAUUUACCAAUGUUUCCAAAGGACAAGUUGCCAAAAAAGAAGACUUAAUCAAAGCUUUUGGAACAGAGGAUCAUACUCAAAUAUGUAAGGAAAUCUUAUCAAAAGGAGAACUUCAAGUUUCUGAUAAGGAAAGACAAAGUCAAACUGAGCAGCUCUUUAAAGAUAUAGCUACAACAGUUGCUGAUAAAUGUAUAAAUCCUGAUAUUAAAAGGCCAUAUCCUGUUACAAUUAUAGAGAAAGCCAUGAAAGAUGCACAUUAUUCUGUAAAGCCAAAUCAGUCUGCUAAACAACAAGCUUUGCAUGUGAUAAAGUUGCUGAAAGAAUCCAUUCCUUUAGAAAGAGCUAAAAUGAGAUUGAAAGUUAACUUUAAGGGUAAAGCUGCUAAGAAGAUUAAAGAAAAAUUAACAAAAAUAGAAAGUGCAGAAAUUGAAAGUGAAGACAGGCAAGAUGAUGAGAUUACAAUAGUUUUUGUAGUCGAUCCAGGUCAUUUCAAGGAUAUAGACUCAAUGGUUAAGUCAGAAAGCAAAGGUGGUGCCCUACUGGAAGUUAUGGCAUAUAAAGAGAUGGUAUUGGGUGAUGAACAUUUGUAAAUUUUUUCUCUGUAAUGUGUUAUUUAUUUUCUGUUCAAUAAAUAUUUUCUAUAUACAA